AUGCCUACUCUUCCUCCAGAUCUGCUCGCUGCCCGGAACUCUGCACCCGCUUCCAGCAUAGAAAGACACAAACCGGUCGUUGGCCCAUCCUUUCCUCCAUCUCUGGCCAGAAGCCUGUCACGGCAAGAGGAGGAGGAUGAUGACGAUGAAUAUGGUCCCGUGCCCCUGCCGUCCGGUGUCACAGUUGAGGAACGAGAUGGUGUGAAGGAGUUUCUCGAGAAGGAGGAGAGACGGCGCAAACAGACCGAGGCAGCUUCCGUUCCGAAAGCACCUCAACGUGAAGAGUGGAUGCUGGUCCCACCCUCUUCGUCCGAUCUUCUAGGCUCAAUCGAUCCAUCAAAGCUUAACCGACCACGGAGAUUCGCGCGCAGUGCAGCUCCUGCUCGUGACGUGGACUCAUCCUUGUGGACAGAGACCCCUGCAGAACGUCAGCAGCGCGUUGCUGAUGAAGUUGCAGGUAAACGGCGCCGCGCUGCUGAUGUUGAUGCAGUCGACGUCGAAGGGGAGGGCGAGAUGAAGAAGCGGAGGAAGCACGAAGAGGAGGUCCGACGAGGAGUAGAAGAGCACACGAGGAACAUUCGUGGCGGAACGCUGCUGAAGCAACACGCUAGUGCCUUGAAGGACGAGAAAGGGGAAGACGAACCGUCCGGAAUCUGGGAUCACAGCCGAGAUAUGGCACUUUCUGGACGGUUGAUGGACGAUGGGUCUCGUCAGAAGUUCAUCCGAGAUGCAAGGGGCUUGGGUGACAGAUUUGGCACAGGUAAGAGCGGCGGGUACUUGUGA